AUGAAAAAAGGAUUAGUUCGUCUCUGUUCUAGCCAUUUAUUAAAACAAUCAAAGUUAUUUAGCACAAACAAUCGUUUAGCUUUUAGAUUUUGCUCAGGGAAAUAAGAAAAGCAUGAAUUCAAGGCAGAAACCAAGAAAUUGCUUGACAUUGUUGCUAAAUCAAUUUACACAGAUAAGGAUGUAUUCUUGAGAGAAUUAUUGUCUAAUGCUUCAGAUGCAUUGGAAAAACAAAGAUUUUUAGCAACACAAAAGGGAGAGCAAGUUCCAUCAGAUCUAGAAAUAAAGAUCGAAUUAGAUGAAUAAAAGAGAACAAUUACAAUCGAAGUAAAUAAGUAUAUUCUAUUGAAAAGGAUUCAGGAAUAGGUAUGACAAAACAAGAAAUGAUUGAUAAUCUUGGAACAAUAGCAAGAAGUGGAUCAAAAUAAUUUUUGGAAUAAGUUGGAACAUAAAUGAAUGAUAAGAUUAUUGGUUAAUUUGGAGUUGGAUUUUAUUCAUCAUUUAUUGUUGGAGACACAGUUGAAGUUGUAAGUAAAAGUGAAAGAUCAGAUAAAACUUAUCUUUGGGUUUCAGAUGGAACUGGAACAUUUUAAAUUUCAGAAGCUAAAGAUUUUUUCUAAGGCAGAGGAACUAAAAUAACUAUUCAUCUUAAACCAGAUUAAGCUAAUUUUUGUAAAAAAACUGAAGUCUUAAAAACAAUAUAAAGAUAUUCUAAUUUUAUUAAUUAUCCAAUCAUUGUGAACGGAGAGAGAUAGAAUAUUGUGUCAGCAAUCUGGGUGAGAAAUAAGAAUGAAAUCACUCCAGAAGAUUAUAAUAAAUUCUAUGAAUACAUAUCUAAUUCUAAACUUGCAUAUAAAUACAAACUUCACUAUUCUACAGAUGCUCCCUUGUCCAUUAAAGCAUUGUUGUAUAUACCACAAACACAUAUGGAGAAGUAAAUUAGUUAUUUUUAUAUCUAGAUAUGGAAUGUAAAUGGAAGACUUUGAUAUUAGUCUUUACUGCAAAAAGAUUUUAAUAAAGAAAAAUUGUAGAGAACUUUUACCACAUUUUCUGAGAUUUGUUAAAGGUGUUGUAGAUUGUGAAGAUCUCCCCUUAAACAUUUCAAGAGAAGGAUAUCAAGACUCAGCUUUGAUUGCUAAACUCAAAUCUGUAGUCGCCAAGAGAGUCAUCAAAGAAAUUGAAUCAGAAGCUAACAGAGAUCCAGCUAACUAUCUUUCUUGGUAUCAUGACUUUUAAAACUUCAUUAAAGAAGGAGUUGCCAUGGAUGAUGAACAUAGAAACUAAAUGACUAAGUUAUUAAGAUUCUAAACUAAUAAAUCAGAGGACUUUAUUUCUUUAGAUGAUUACAUUUCCAAAUUACCUUAAGGCAUCAACAAUAUAUAUUACUAUCUUGCUCCAACAAGACAAUAAGCCUUGACAUCACCAUAUAUGGAACCUUUUGCAAAUUCAGAAAUUCCAGUCAUCUUGACUAUGAAUCAUAUGGAUGAAGUUGUAUUCAAAUAGAUCAAUGAAUACUCAUCGAAGAAAUUUGUUAAUAUUGAAAGUGAUCAAGCUGAAGUUGAUAAGGUUGCUUAAAAAUCAAGUGAAGAAAAAGAUAAAAAUGAAGAAAUCAAUGUUGAAACAAAUAUACCUAAUGAUGAAAUCACACCUUUCUGUUUAUGGUUGAAGAAUGAAUUGAAUCCAAUUAUCUCUUAGGUGUAGGUCUCAAAAAGAUUAAAGACUUCUCCAGCCAUAAUUGUUUCUGCUAUUUCAUCAGGUAUGAGACAAGUCAUGCAUGCCAUGGGGCAAUCAACUGUAUAAUUAUUUAUUAACUAUGAUCUAGGAUGACUUGAAAAACUUGACCCUAGAAAUUAAUGUCCAUAAUCCAAUCAUUAUCAAUUUAAAUAAGGUCAGAAAAUCUAACAGAGUUAUAGCAUCUUUAGCAAGUAAGUAAAUUUUGGAUGGUUGUCUCUUGGCUUCUGGACUUUUAAGAGAUCCAAAGGAGGUUGUGGAAAGACAACACAAAAUUUUGAAUGUCUUAUUGACUUCUGAAAUGUAUACAUACAUAAAAUCUUAUAAUAGAAAUACACCAAUAGUUGAAGAAGUAGGAGCAUAUAGAGAGGAAGCUGUCAAGUAAAAAGAUAGUAAUACUUAAAAAGAAGACUUAGAAACUGAAAUUAUUAUCGACAGUGAUGGAAAUCCUUAAGUUGUUAAAAAGAAUAAAAAAUGA